AUGCCCUGCCCUCGGCCGCCCUGGAUCCGCCGACCCCGCGUCCCCCUGGGCUCGGAGCCUAGCAUCCCGGACUCGCCGUCCACACUCCGGCCCCCCAGCAGGGGGGAGGACGAAGACGAGGGUGAUGGGGAGGAAGGGGACGGCAGCCGGGGACCCAUCCUGCCGCCCGCGUCCCCCGUGGAAUGCCUCAUCUGCGUGUCGCCCUUCGACAGCGUAUUCAAGCUGCCAAAGUGCCUGGACUGCAGCCACGUCUUCUGCCUCGAGUGCCUGGCUCGUCUGUCUCUGGCCACGGCGGGCGGCGGCGACGCGGUGGCCUGUCCCGUGUGCCGCGCGCCCACGCGCCUGGCCCCACGCCGCGGGCUCCCCGCGCUGCCCACGCAGCUCGGCCUGCUGCCCGGCUCCGCACGCGCCCCGCCGCCGCGCCAGGGCUCCGUGCGCUUCGACCGCCGGCGCGGCCUGCUCUACGUGCGGCAGCCGCCGCCCGCGCCCGGACCGCGCAAGGCCCGCCCCCCGCCGCCGCCGCCGCUGCGCCUCGGCCGCCCGCUGUCGCGCCGCCUGACGCUGGCCAGAUCGGCCCGGGUCUUCCACGCGGCCGUCGCCCUGGCCGUGCUUGUGGCCGCGGGCCUCGUGGUCACGGGCCUCUACAUCUUCUUCCUCAUCCCGCGCGCCACCACCUCCAGCCCCGCUCGGCCCCAGCUCGUGGCGCUCGCCCCGGCGCCCGGCUUCUCCUGGUUCCUGCCUCGGCCCACGCCGGCGGCGCCCUGGACCCCCGGCUGGAUGCCGCGCCCCGUGGGCCAUGACCUGAACGCCGCCCCACCGGGGGCUGCAGAGGACGCGCUGGAGCCCGAGGGGGUUCCCGAAGAGACAGAGACGCCGGACGGGUCCUUGGACCACAGGCCCUGGAGCCCCGAGUCUGCCUCACUUCACCCCAGAGCACAGGCUCCGGACGCGCAGGCUCGGCAGCCUCGCUUUUCCUUCCUCCCCGGGCCCCGCAACCGCAGCUCUCCUCCGUCCUCCGAGUUUGCCAUCCUCUGA